CGCCGGCUGGGGGGUCAUUCCCCUCCCCCCAGCUAAGCGGCCUCCGCAGCGGACUGUGGUGGCCGGCGCUGUCCACUGGGGCGGCCUUCAAAGCUGCGGUCCUGCCCCGGUGUGCGCCCCCCGGGAAGGGGCCGUGCGGGGACGAGGGAGGCGGGAGGAGAUAGGCAGAGAGGCGCAGGCUCGUGCCCGCCGGGAGGACCCCCAGGCCCUGUGCAGAGAGGCGGGCGCUGCCCUGUAGCCGGCUCGUCUGAGAUGUGGUGCCCCACAAAGUCAGGGUGGGCUGCCUCCAGCCCAGGCCUGUUUGUUGUGCCGCUGGGCGUGGGUACAGUAAAACUGUAACCCUGCUUAAGAAGGCCUCUGAAGACGUAGCGAUUGAUUGCUUGGGACAAAUAAGAGGAAAAUGGGGGAAGGAGUGAGAAUCUGGGGCUUAUAGUGAGUGCAUCCCCUACCCCUCAGCCCUCAAUGUUUCCAGGGCAGGGGGAGUGCCCUGAGUCCUGCCAGGUUAAGAACCGCUGCCUUAAAAUGUGGCGUUGGGCUCCUUGAAGCCGCCCCUACCAUGUACUGGGGUUUUGUGGAUGAUCCAGUAUCAGGAGCUGACCGCGCAGUGUUAUUUUACUGUGGAUUGAGAAUGCACUUCAUCGGGGCCACUGGAAAAUGAGACUUGAGGGAAGGUAAUGAUUUUUCAUGAAUUGCAAGCUAGUCUCUAGUGGGGACUCUGUAGGAGGAUGAACACAGAGGAGCUUGAGCUACUGAGUGACUCCAAAUAUAGAAACUAUGUAGCAGCGGUUGACAAAGCACUAAAGAACUUUGAAUACUCCAGUGAAUGGGCAGAUUUGAUAUCAGCACUUGGAAAGCUAAACAAGGUUUUACAAAACAAUGCAAAGUACCAAGUAGUACCAAAAAAGCUGACCAUAGGUAAGCGUCUAGCACAAUGCCUUCAUCCAGCCUUGCCAGGUGGGGUUCAUCGGAAGGCACUUGAAACAUAUGAAAUUAUCUUCAAAAUCAUUGGGCCCAAGCGUCUGGCCAAAGAUCUUUUCCUAUACAGUUCUGGGCUAUUUCCUCUCCUUGCCAAUGCUGCUAUGUCUGUCAAACCAACUUUACUCAGUCUGUAUGAGAUUUAUUAUCUCCCUUUGGGGAAAACAUUAAAACCAGGCCUGCAGGGGUUGUUAACUGGAAUUCUGCCUGGCUUAGAAGAAGGAUCAGAGUACUAUGAGAGAACAAACACACUGUUGGAGAAGGUUGCUGCUGCAGUGGACCAGUCGGCAUUCUACAGUGCCCUAUGGGGUAGUCUUCUUACCAGUCCUGCAGUUCGCUUACCUGGAAUCACUUAUGUCCUUUGCCAUCUGAACAGGAAGCUUUCAAUGGAAGAUCAACUCUAUAUAAUUGGCAGUGACAUUGAGUUAAUGGUGGAAGCAGUAAGUACAUCAGUGCAAGAUUCAAGUGUGUUAGUACAAAGAAGUACAUUGGACCUUAUACUCUUCUGUUUUCCGUUCCAUAUGAGUCAGGCAACGCGUCCAGACAUGAUCAGAAUUUUGUCAGCAGCUCUUCAUGUCGUACUGCGCAGAGAUAUGUCACUUAACCGAAGGCUUUAUGCAUGGCUUCUAGGUUUUGAUAACAAUGGGGCUAUUAUAGGACCUAGAAGCACAAGACAUAGCAAUCCUGAGGAGCAUGCCACUUACUAUUUCAAUACCUUUUCUAAGGAAAUGUUGGUUCAGGCAAUGGUGGGAAUCUUGCAAGUUAACGGACAUGGAGAGGAAAGUACACUAAUGCAAGACCUAAAGCCUUUUCGGAUUCUUAUCAGUUUACUGGAUAAGCCUGAACUAGGGCCUGCAAUCUUAGAAGAUGUACUGAUUGAAGUAUUUAGAACGUUGUAUACACAGUGCAAAGCAGAGCUGGAUCUACAGGUGGAACCUUCCUUCAAUAAAGACCACACACAGCUAAGCAGGUGGAUUGCAAGAAGAGAGAGUUUAACAUAUACUAAUUCCUUAGCAGAAAACACUCUGAGCAAACUGAGGGAAAACAAGAAAACAGCAGAGCUGAUUAAAACUGCCAAUCUUCUCUUUAAUUCCUUUGAGCCUUAUUAUAUGUGGGAUUACGUUGCUCGUUGGUUUGAAGAAUGUUGUAGGAGGACACUGCAUGCUAGACUUCACACUGGGCCUGGACGUGGUAGCGAGCCAUCUGAGCUACCCCUGACCAAUUUCUGUCUACUAGUGGACUUUUUGUUGGAUAUUGUUUCUUUGCCUACUAGAAGUAUGAGAGUGCUGUGUCAGGAAACCUAUAUUGAAAUACAGACGGAGCACUUGCCUCAAUUGUUGCUUAGAAUGAUUUCUGCAUUGACGAGCCAUCUUCAUACUUUGCACUUGUCUGAACUAACUGAUUCCCUCAGACUCUGCUCAAAGAUCCUUAGUAAGGUUCAACCUCCACUGUUGUCCGCAGGCACAGAUGGUAUUUUGCAGCUUCCAAGUGGACAAAACAGCUCCGUUAAAGAAUGGGAAGAUAAAAAGGUGCCAUCAGUUUCACUUGAAAAUCCUAAUGAUGUAUUUGAAGAUAGUGAAAAUCCUCCAAGUAGUCGAUCAUCAGAAAGUGGAUUCACUGAGUUUGUGCAGUACCAAGCAGACACAGCUGAUGAUAUUGAUAGAGCAGUGAGUGAAUGUCAUGGAGUUGCUGGUAUCCCUAUUGUAGGUAGCACAUCCUCAGAGACUGAAACGGCAUCAACUGUGGGAUCUGAAGAAACCAUUGUACAGCCCCCUUCCAUAACAACACAGGGACCAGCCACUCGAAAUGGGAAGACGAUCCAAAAGACUGCAAUGCAGUGCUGCUUGGAGUAUGUCCAACAGUUUUUAACCAGAUUUAUCAACCUGUAUAUCAUUCAGAAUAAUUCCUUGUCUCAGUCUUUGGCAGCAGACCUUCAACAGGACCAUACUAAAGAGCAAGGACAACCAGCAAAAUGGGAGAGAGAAUCACAAGGAGAUGCUAAAGGGAAAAAAAUAAACAAAAAAUUCAGAAAAGAAUACCUUUCUGCCUUUAUUGCUGCAUGUCAGCUAUACCUUGAAUGUUCAAGUUUUCCAGUUUACAUUGCAGAGGGAAAUCGUACUUCAGAAUUACAUGCUGGGAAAUCAGAUGUUGACUGUGAACAGGUGCAUCCUCCAUUGUGGCUCCAGACCCUUAUGAAUGCUUGCAGGCAAGCAAGUGAUUUUAGUGUUCAAGGUGUAACUAUUUCUUUGAUAAUGGACUUGGUUGGAAUGACUCAAUCUGUUGCUCUUGUCACUGGAGAAAAUCUGAACAGUGUGGAUACUGAACAGCCUCUUAGUCCAAACCAAGGAAGAGUGGCUGUCGUUAUCAGGCCACCUCUGACUCAAGGCAACCUGAGAUAUAUGGCAGAAAAGACAGAUUUUUUCAAGCAUAUAGCUUUAACUCUCUGGGACCAGUUGGGUGAUACAACCCCUCAACAUCAUCAGAAGAGUGUGGAGCUCUUCUACCAGUUACACAACUUGGUUCCAUCUUCUAGCAUUUGUGAGGAUGUUAUAAGUCAACAGCUGACUCAUAGAGACAAGAAAGUAAGGAUGGAAGCCCAUGCUAAGUUUGCAGUUCUUUGGCAUCUGACCAGAGACCUUCAUAUUAACAAGUCGUCUUCCUUUGGACGUUCUUUUGACAGGUCUUUGUUUAUCAUGCUGGACAGCCUUAACAGCCUAGAUGGUUCUACCUGGUCAGUGGGACAAGCCUGGUUAAACCAAGUGCUCCAAAGACAUGACAUCGCAAGGGUUCUUGAACCUUUGCUUUUGCUGCUGCUUCAUCCAAAAACUCAGAGAGUGUCUGUGCAAAGAGUGCAGGCUGAGCGCUAUUGGAAUAAGUCUCUGUGUUACCCUGAAGAAGAAAACGAAAAGCACUUUAUGAAAAAAUUUAACUGCGGUGAUGCAUUUUUCCACAUGCCUGUAACCCAAGGACAACUCAUUACACCCAAAGAGAACAAUGACAAACAGCUGAUUUUGGAUGAAAUGGAGAACUUCAGUCUUACUGUCAACCCACUGAGUGACAGACUUUCCUUGUUAAGUACCAGUAGCGAGACUAUUCCAAUGGUUGUGUCUGAUUUUGACCUUCCUGACCAUCAGGUAGAAAUACUCCAGAGUUCUGACUCUGGCUGUUCCCAUUCAUCUGUUGGGGACAACCUGAGUUAUGAGGUGGAAGCAGAGAGCCUGAGUGCUCAGGAUAGUUCUCAGACAUUGAGAGAAGACUCGCCUGAUGAAGUUGUGCAGCAAGUAGUUACUGACUUGAUAUGCAAGGUUGUAAGUGGUCUUGGGGAAGAGACUGAUUCAGUUAAGCAUCAUCUGCAUCCUGAAGAUACAUCAUCUAAAAUCAGAACUUUGGAUCAUCCUGAGGAGGUAACAAAAUGUGAAGAACAAAAUAUUCAAAGCAGCCAGAGUAGUUUGCUUAGUAAUGACAGUUCACAGUUGUUAUCUGCUUCAACUGAGACAGGACUUGAAAGCUCAAGGGAUGAAAUCUCUAGAAACAACUCUUCACCUUGUAUUGCAGUAAGCCAGCAGUCCCUCUCUGACCUCACUUUCACUGUAACAGAAGCUAAGUCAAGACAGAGAAGUCACAGUAGUAUUCAGUUUAGCUUCAAAGGAAAGCUAUCAGAAAAAGAAACUAUAGUUAAAGAAGCUGGUAAGCAACCAGGAGCAAAGCCCAAGGUGAAAAUAGCAAAAAAGAAAGAUGAAGAGAAGAAAAAAAUACAAACAGAAAAGCUUAAACAAACCAGUGUUUUCUUUAGUGAUGUGCUUGAUUUAGAGAAUUGGUACAGUUGUGGAGAAGGAGAAAUUUCAGAAAUAGAGAGUGAUGUGGGAUCUCCAGGAAUGCGAAAAUCUCCCAAUUUUAACAUCCAUCCUUUAUAUCAACAUGUGUUGCUUUAUCUCCAGUUAUAUGACUCUUCAAGGACAUUGUAUGCUUUUUCUGCUAUCAAAGCAAUCUUGAAAACAAAUCCUUCAGCUUUUGUAAGUGCUAUCUCAACCACCAGCGUCAACAAUGCAUACACUCCUCAACUGUCCUUGCUUCAGAAUCUUUUGGCCAGGCAUCGAAUAUCUGUAAUGGGCAAAGACUUCUAUAGCCACAUCCCGGUAGACUCUAACCACAACUUUCGGAGUUCUAUGUAUAUAGAAAUUCUUAUCUCCUUGUGUUUAUACUAUAUGCGGAGCCACUAUCCAACUCAUGUAAAAGUAACCCCACAAGACUUAAUAGGAAACCGCAAUAUGCAGAUGAUGAGCAUUGAAAUUUUGACACUCCUCUUUGCUGAAUUGGCAAAAGUAAUAGAAAGUUCUGCAAAGGGCUUUCCUAGUUUUAUUUCAGACAUGUUAUCAAAGUGCAAGGUUCAGAAAGUGGUCCUGCACUGUUUAUUAUCUUCUAUCUUCAGCGCACAGAAAUGGCAUAGUGAAAAGGUGGCUGGAAAAAAUAUAGUGGCUAUUGAAGAAGGUUUCUCUGAAGAUAGCCUUAUUAACUUUUCUGAGGAUGAAGUCGACAAUGGCAGUACUUUACAGUCACAGCUCUUAAAAGUGCUGCAGCGAUUAAUUGUUCUAGAGCAUAAAGUAAUUACUGUACCAGAGGAGAAUGAAACAGGCUUUGAAUUUGUCAUAACAGACUUGGAGCACAUCAGUGCACAGCAGCCAAUGACUUCUCUUCAGUAUUUGCACUCCCAGCCUAUAACCUCUCAAGGCAUGUUUCUUUGUGCUGUGAUAAGAGCUUUACACCAACACUGUGCCUGUAAAAUGCAUCCUCAGUGGAUUGGCCUAAUCACUUCUACUCUGCCUUAUAUGGGAAAAGUUCUACAGAAGGUGGUGGUAUUUGUGACCCUCCAGCUUUGCAAGAAUUUAGAUAAUUUAAUACAGCAGUAUAAGUAUGAAACAGGACUAUCUGAUAGCAGGCCUAUUUGGAUGGCAUCAGUUACCCCACCAGAUAUGAUUCUAACUGUAUUAGAAGGUAUCACAACAAUAAUUCAUUACUGCCUACUAGAUCCAUCUACACAAUAUCAUCAGCUCUUGGUUAAUGUAGACCAGAAGCACUUAUUUGAAGCGCGCAAUGGAAUCUUAUCCAUCCUUCAUAUGAUCAUGUCUUCUGUGACUCUGCUGUGGAGCAUUCUGCAUCAGGCAGAUUCUUCUGAGAAGACAACUGUUGCAGCAGCUGCUUCUGUUACUACUAUUAAUCUUGGAUCAACCAAGAAUUUGAGGCAGCAGAUUCUUGAAUUGUUGGGUCCCAUCUCAAUGAAUCAUGGUGUUCACUUCAUGGCUGCUAUUGCAUUUGUCUGGAAUGAAAGGAGACAAAACAAAAACACUUCUAGGACAAAGGUAAUUCCUACAGCCAGUGAAGAACAACUUCUACUGGUAGAGCUAGUCCGCUCUAUUAGUGUUAUGAGAACUGAGACAGUUAUACAAACAGUGAAAGAGGUUUUAAAGCAGCCUCCAGCCAUAGCCAAGGACAAGAAGCAUCUCUCACUGGAAGUCUGUAUGCUGCAGUUUUUCUAUGCCUAUAUUCAAAGGAUACCAGUGUCCAAUUUAGUGGAUAGCUGGGCAUCACUAUUACUUCUUCUGAAGGACUCUAUACAGCUUGGUCUUCCAGCACCGGGGCAGUUUCUCAUACUUGGUGUUCUAAAUGAGUUUAUUAUGAAAAACCCCAAUCUGGAGAAUAAGAAAGAUCAAAGAGACCUUCAGGAUGUAACUCACAAAAUAGUGGAUGCCAUUGGUGCAAUUGCUGGUUCUUCCUUAGAACAGACUACUUGGCUAAGACGAAACCUAGAGGUUAAACCUUCCCCCAAGAUUAUGGUUGAUGGAAGCAACUUGGAAUCUGAUGUUGAAGAUAUGUUAUCACCAGUUCUGGAAACUUCAAACAUAACUCCAUCUGUAUAUAGUGUCCACGCAUUAACCUUACUUUCUGAGGUUCUGGCUCAUCUUUUGGAUAUGGUUUUCUACAGUGAUGAGAAAGAGAGAGUUAUUCCUUUACUUGUAAAUAUAAUGCAUUAUGUGGUACCCUACCUCCGCAAUCACAGUGCUCAUAAUGCAUCUAGCUAUCGAGCUUGUGUUCAGUUGCUGAGCAGUCUUAGUGGGUAUCAGUAUACAAGGAGAGCAUGGAAAAAAGAAGCAUUUGAUCUUUUCAUGGAUUCCAGCUUCUUCCAAAUGGAUGCUUCUUGUGUUAAUCAUUGGAGAGCAAUUAUGGAUAAUUUGAUGACCCAUGACAAAACCACAUUCAGAGAUUUGAUGACACGAGUGGCUGUGGCUCAGAGCAGUUCACUCAAUCUGUUUGCUAAUCGGGAUGCAGAGCUGGAACAGCGAGCAAUGCUCCUAAAGAGAUUGGCCUUCGCCAUUUUUAGCAGCGAAGUAGACCAGUACCAGAAGUACCUUCCAGAUAUACAAGAAAGGCUGGUGGAAAGUCUCCGUUUGCCACAGGUGCCCACUCUUCAUUCCCAAGUAUUCCUGUUUUUCAGAGUAUUGCUUUUAAGAAUGUCUCCGCAGCACCUUACCUCACUUUGGCCUACUAUGAUCACUGAGCUGGUACAAGUGUUUUUACUGAUGGAACAAGAACUCACUGCUGAUGAAGAUAUUUCAAGAACUUCAGGCCCAUCUGUUGCUGGUCUGGAGACAACAUACACAGGAGGCAAUGGCUUUUCCACAUCAUACAAUAGUCAACGGUGGUUAAAUCUUUACUUGUCUGCUUGUAAAUUUCUGGAUUUGGCUCUUGCAUUACCAUCUGAAAACCUUCCACAGUUCCAGAUGUAUCGCUGGGCUUUUAUUCCAGAAGCAUCAGAUGAUUCAGGUUUGGAGGUGCGAAGACAGGGAACACAUCAAAGGGAAUUUAAACCAUAUGUGGUACGACUAGCAAAACUGCUGCGGAAGAAAGCAAAGGACAAACAGGAGGACUUUAAGAUGAUGAUUUUGGAGGGAUUGGAGAUGGCCAAGCAUCAGAAAAACCCCGAGGAGGACAGCUCAGGGAAAACAUUAAGUUGGGAACCAGGCCAUUUGCUAUUAACCAUAUAUACAGUCCGCAGCAUUGAACAACUUCUGCCUUUCUUCAAUGUACUCAGCCAAGUUUUUAAUAGCAAAGUCACAAGCAAGUGUGUUGGACACUCAGGGAGCCCUGUACUUUACCCAAACUCUUUUCCCAAUAAGGACAUAAAAAUGGAAAACCAGAAGACAUUCUCUAGCAAAGCAAGGCAAAAAAUAGAAGAGAUGGUUGAGAAGGAUUUUCUGGAAGGAGUCAUCAAAACAUGAGCCCUAAUUGGCAUUAUUCAGCUUAAAUGUAAUGUAAUUGUAAUGAAACACUGUACCUUUUCAAGUUGUAUAGUAUUCUUUUCUUACUUCGUAUGUAACAAAUACUUCGUGUUGUAUUUAAUUUAAAUAUUUGUAAAUAAGAAAAGAAUUCUGGAUGUGGCCUGAAUCAAGUUUAAAUAUUGUUGGCUCAUAUUGAUUAUGGUGCCUACUAUUUACAGUACACUUGUUUAAUUGUCUUGAGUUCUGUCUUAAAAAAAGCCCUGUGAAAUACAAGUUGCACAUUUUUUAAGUUGUUUCCAGUUUAUCUUUGUGUUCUCCAUUUCUCUAACCCAUUGAAGCUUAUAGACAUCCUUUUCCUCAGAAGUCACUAAGUUUGCAAUCUGGGAAAUUCCUCUGGGUACUGGAGCAUUAAAUCAAGGAGGUGCUUUGACCUCACAUAAGUACUCUGAACUGCAGGUAAGUAUUAGCCAAUCAGAGUAUUAUCCUUCAAUUUAGUGCAUAGAUGACUGGGCUAAUGCAUAAAAUGCAUGCCAGGGCUAAAGCCCAUUGUUCACUAGUGGAGGUUAUUC